UUCCGCCGCGCCAUUCUCCUCAGACAUUCCCUCUUUGCAAACCCAGUGCUCUCCACCGACCGCCAUUCUCCAUUCUCCUCAGACAUUCCCUCUUUCCAAACCCAGUGCUCUCCACCGACCAUCAUUCUUCUCAGACACCGCCAUCUCCGCCAUCUCCGCAGUCAGAGUGGUCGCUGCCCAGUGCUCUCCGCCGACCGUGGCCUCGCCGCGUCCAACCUCCGAAGUUGAGAAGACAAGAGCAAAACACUGCAUCGCAUCGGACAGUGUCGUCGCCUCGGACAGUGACGUCGCCUGAAGUCCUGUAGAAGAAUGGCCCCUGGGCCUUCUAAACUGGAAAUAAAUCGGGGAAGGUUGUGACUUCUUUGAAAGGAAAUUCUGGGAGAAACCUUGAGAUACUUAAGCCCAAACAGCCUCCUAAGGUUGCUAUGAAGGACAUUGCUGUGGAGGCUAGUGAGCAACUAAAUACCAAACAGAGUGGAAAACAUGCUGGUUCUGACUGCCUGGAAACUGUUCGACAGAAUGCCGAGGUGACACAAUUGGUUUUUGAAACUUCUGUAAGAAGAAUAACUCCGGAGAGCGUCAUGUAUAGUUUUGGAACGCUUUUGCUUGACCUUCUCAGUGGCAAACACUUCCCUCCAAGCCAUCUUUACUACACACUUCUUCCUAUGGUCCAAUGUUAGUGGCAGUAUGCAGUUAAUAGUUUGGAGAGAUGCAAAGGUAUCAUGCUGUAGAGUUUAUUAUCUCUCUUAGCUCUAGACUUCACAUUCAAAAUGGACCGAUAUUCUAUCAAGUUAUAUAGAGUAGGUAUGGUUUGAUCAUUAGAACGUUGUGAUCAUUUAGAUUUGGUUCGUGAAAUUAUUUUUUUUGUAGUAUUAUGACUUAGAUGAUAUAUGAUU